AAAAUACUCUGAAUUCAACCUCAGAGGAAGUCAGUAGUUACUCAUCGAUCGAAGCUUCUAUUCACGGUUAGACUACCGUCGUCUGUAAUAUUCUUACUCGCGCGAGUUAAGUUAAAAAUAAGGAAUAAUGGGAGUUCCCGCUGGUGAUCCGGAGAAGGGAAAGAAGCUUUUUGUACAAAGAUGCUCACAAUGUCAUACAAUUGAAGCUGGUGGUAAACACAAGGUAGGACCCAAUUUACAUGGAAUAGUGGGUAGGAAAACUGGGCAGGCACCCGGUUUCUCUUACACGGAUGCCAACAAAGCGAAAGGCAUCACUUGGAACAAGGACACGUUAUUCGAAUAUCUUGAAAACCCAAAGAAGUACAUUCCUGGUACAAAAAUGGUGUUUGCCGGUUUGAAGAAACCACAAGAACGAGCUGAUCUUAUUGCGUAUAUUGAGCAAGCUUCAAAGUAAACUUAACACUCGUCGAAGAUGAUCAGACACGCUAGACGUGUUGGGAGGAUGUUGUAGAGGAAACUAGUACUAUUAUCAUUUCAAACCUCACGAACAUCCGGUUAAAUCUCAUUCGACUCAUUCAUUAAUUCUCCCCCAUCUGGUACUCAAGUGUUUGCAAAGUCUGAAUAGUGGAAAAUUGUUGUUGUUAAUUAUAAGUAGGUAUAUCGUGUAACUAUGUACAGUGACAAGAGUCAGACUAGAACCGGCUAGAAACUGACCCUACUUCAUUAUUAAAGAUAUUGCGGUGCUCUCUCGCUGUGGCUGCGCCACAUGUAGACUAUGCACUAUUAUUUAUUUGUGAUUAUAUGCUGUUCAACUUGUACUACAAACUAUUUAAAUUGUAAUGCAAGAAUGUAAAAAAAAAAAAAAUACAGAUUCGGCGAGGAAUUUGUAAUACUCAUUUUCUUCUAUGUUAAAAAAAAAGACAAAGUACAAAAAGCAAUAAUGCGAUACAUCUCACUGAAAAUUAAAUUUAAAUUUGGGUAACAUUGAAACACUGAAAUGCUUAAACAAUUUAGUUCAUAUUAAUUGUAUGUACAAAGGAGGAGAUAGUGUCAAUAGUUAAAGUUUUGAGAACUUUAAAUGAAUUCUAUUCGAAUAACGGAUGGAAAUAAAAUAAAUUAAAUAAUGAAAAUUA